CGGUCCCCGCGGGCUCUCCGCACCGCCAGCACCCGCCCCCGCGGGGUCUGAGCGCUCGGCGCGGAGCCCAUGAGCUGGUGGCCAGCAGCGGCCGCAGCGGGCGGGUGCUCCGCAGCCCGGCGAGAGUUAACGGCGGCACCGCCUCUCUCCGCCGGCGGCCCCGCGGCCGCUGCCGCCCCGCGCUCGCCCCGCGCUCGGAGCCUCCAUGCCCGGCCCGCCCAUCCUGCUGCCUCCUCUGCUCGCCCUGCUGUGCCUCGGGGCUGCCGACCCCGACGAGCCCUGGUGCCCCUACAAGGUGGGCGGCGAUGGGGCGCGGCUGUGCUUCCGCCCUCCGGCCCGCGGCUUCCAGUGCUCGGCCCGGGGCUGCCGCGCCCACCGCUCGGCCGGCGGAGCGCUGGUGGCCAACGUGCUGCGGAACGGCAGCGUGCUGCUGCAGUGGGGGCUGCGGCACUGGGGGCCGCCUUCUCCGCGCUCCUCCGCCGCUCUGCGCGGCUUCGCGCUCAACUGCUCCUGGGACGGCACCUACACGCGUUUCCCCUGCGACAGCGUGGAGCUGGGGGCCGCAUGUCGCGAUUAUCUGCUGGCCGAGGCGCACGGCAGCGUGCGGUACCGCCUGUGCCUGCAGCCGCGCUACGCCCCGCCGCGCCCCGCGCCGCCCGCGCAGUGCGUGGAGUUCCGCCUGGAGCCCGCGGCCAUGCGCGACAUCGUCGUGGCCAUGACGGCCGUGGGGGGAUCCAUCUGCGUGAUGCUCGUUUUCAUCUGCCUGCUCGUGGCUUACAUCACCGAGAACCUCAUGAGCCCCGCGGCCGCCCGCGGGGGACACGCGGCUGCCGCUGCGCGCCGCGCGUAGUGCGGGAGGGGAUGAUGGUGAUGAUGAUGAUGGUGGUGAUGGUGAUGGUGAUGCUGCUCCCGGCGGCUCCCGCAGCCGUCCUUUCCGCGCUGUCCGGCCAGGGAAGAGGUUUUGCAGAUUGUUCUGGCAGCGCUGGCUUUGCCGUGCCCAAAUUUCCAGGAUGCGCCUUUCCAGCGGAGUUCGCAGCUCUUCUUCCUCCUGGGGUGGCGUCUCGGCCAGAGCCUUCGUGGUGAUGAACUCGCGGCAUCUCAGCGGAUCAAAAACCAAUGGCAGAGGUCCCAAGUGCCAGAAAUCGUCUGCUUCCAAGGGCAAACGGCAGAUCCUACCCAGAGCCUGUUUGAAAAGACUCUCCAGAGCGCCCUUAUUUUGAGCAUAAAACCUCUUGGUCUUAGACCAGUGCUUGAUUUUUUUUUUCCUGUGGGGUAAAGUUGUUUAAAGUUCAGGAGAACUGAUGGUGGGACCACAAACCCCAUAGCUAAGUGUGUGUUUGAUCCAAAACCCACUUAAUCUCGUGUUUUAGGUGGGUUUUGUAUCAUGCCUUACGGUGGUCACGAAUUUUGGGGCCAAUAUCCAAAAACAACAGGGGUUUUCUGGUCGAGGGUUUUCUGGUCAGCUCCAGCAACCACCAACAUCCAACACCUGCUUUUCUCCCAUCAGAACUGUGUCACAGUUUUACAAAGAGUGCAGGUAAAGGGAUAAAUUGAGUAGAAAACUCCAUUUUGUUGAGUAAGUAGGAACCAACCCUUAAUUAUAAGUAAGAUAUAAGUGAGCACCCCCUUGGUCCCUGAAAUCCUCUCCUUUAGCAAAGCAGCUGCACUAAGGUAGAAGCUUCUUGAGCACAGAAGUCACUGAUGUUGUAGCCGAGUGUUUUGAGCGUAGGAACACUCCCUGGUAACUCCUCACUUGAUGCUGUAGUAAAGUAAGGUUUUAGCCAUACUCUAGUACUGAUUCUAUUGUGCCUUAGUGCUGAGAAUUUGUCCCAUUUCUAUUGGUGUACCUGUUCCUCUAGUCCUUGUAGUUAAGUGUGUUUCCCUCGUGUUCUUGUCCCUGGAAUUAGUGGUUGUUGGUUUGUCUGGUUGUUUUCUUAAAAAAAAAAAAUCAAACCAACUUGGGCUGAUCAUUACUUGAAAUUUAAUAUAUACACAAAGUAGUUACCUUCAGAGAGGUAUUUAGUGAGGUAGUUUUUAGUACGUGUUGUUUGUAUGUAGUUGACUGCUGUAACACAAAAAAUAAUUUAUUAUCACUUAGGAACUGUGCACUCAAAGCAAAAAAAAAAAAUAGGGGAAAGGCUCUUGUGUAAAGGGAUUGUGUGAUCUGUUUGUGUAAAUGUUUAGCACUGGUGAACGACCUGUUUGCUCUUCCUUGUGAAAGUCCUUUGUGAAGUUUAAACUUGGUGGUAGAGGGUAAAUAUAGGAAGCGUGUGGGAUCCUUAAUAAUACACAUUAUUUGUACUGGACAUAAUCCCUUCUUCAAGAACUUGGGAGUGGCUGAGGAGCUGAAGCAUUUCAUCAACACCUUUUCCUUUGUUAUUCCCGCUGUGUUUCCAUUCUGACUCCAUUUAGGUGUUCUGUGGUUCUUGCCUUGCCAUGUGCUGGAUUUAAGCAACUCACUGAUGCCAUCAUUUUGGGGUUUUUACCCCAAAGGAGAUAAGGAGAUCGACUGCUGCAAGAAAAGGCAAUUUUGAAGAACAUGAAGACAAAUUUUGGUCUUUUAAAGGUUGCAGGGUUUUUUUGUUUGUUUUUUUUUUGUUUUGGUUUGUUUUUUUGCUGUAUCCAGUUCAGCACAGGAGCAUUGGGGUGCCACUGAUUUUGUACAUCUCUGUCCCCUUUUGUCAAACAAUGUCAUUGUUCUGUUCCUCAUCUUGUCAUGAACUGCCAGAUGUGAAAACCAGCUGUACAAACCAUGAGCCUUGUACCACCUUGGCAUUGAACUGAAUAAAUUAAGAGGAUGAUGAAAAGAAAA